AUGAAAGAGGAAAUCUUGAUUGCAUGUACUAAGAGCUUCGAAGAGGUGAUGAUGAGCCCGUUGGUGCUCGUGCAAAGCCUCAUGGAUCUGCUUUUCCCUUGCAUGGUACUGCCUAAUGUUGCACUUGUUCCCGAUGGAUUCACCACCCAUAAAGCAAUCCCUAAGAUCGAUGAAGAUACAAUUAAAGAUGAAGUAGAGGACUUUGAUAAGGUUGGUGUGCCUUUGGCACUCUUGAGAAAGACAGUGAAGACUCCAGGAGAAUGGCUCGCAAGACAGAGAAGAGAAUGA